AUGCAUAUCUCCUCGUCUUUUGCGCUUCUAACUGCCUCUCUGGCUGUGGUUGCGCCAACAGCGCAUGGCAGCAGACUUUAUGGACGAGCAUGCGCUCACGAUAAUUGUCUAAGAGCAUUUCUUGGGGCAGGCGCUAGUGCAUAUGACCCCUUCUGUGCGACAAUGAAAUUAGGAGAUAUUCCGAAUUUUGCGACGAAUUGUCAUGCAGAUGCGACUAGGAUCGCAAGUGCUUGCGCGUGUCUGUAUACCGCACCGCCUACUACUACGACGACGAGCACCACCACUACGACUACAACUACAACGAGUACUACUACUACCCCUUCGUCAACCACAACCACAGCCGGCAUCAGUACAACCAGUACAAUGACGACAACGUCCGCCCCCUGUCAUUGUACAGAAUACUCCCAAAUCGCACCAGCAGUAUCUUCUUGCAAGGAUAUUACAUUAGAAAAUAUCCACGCACCAAGAAGUAGCGCAAUACUUCUUACAAAACUCCAACAGGGAUCCACGGUCACUUUUGCCGGUCUCACAAGUUUUGAAUUCACAAAUAGUUCGCAGUUUCGUCCUAUCCAGAUCGCUGGGAAUAAUGUUACUAUUAAGGGUGCACCGGGGUCUGUUAUUGAUGGAGGUGGUCAAAUGUAUUGGGAUGGACUUGGGAAUAAUGGCGGUGUUCCGAAGCCUGGACAAUUCAUGAAAGUGCAAAUAACAAACCAUUCUCUUUUUACCGACCUUUACAUCCAAAACAUUCCAACCCACGGCAUUAACGUCGCCGGCGUCUUAGACUCAACCAUCCAAAACAUCUUUAUCAACAACUCCCUAGGCGACGCACCAAACGAACGAAGUAAAGGCCUUUCAGCAGCACAUAAUUCUGAUGGAUUCAAUGUUGGGAAUUCAGUCAAUCUGUUGAUACAGAAUUGUACGGUUUGGAAUCAAGACGACUGUGUGGUUGUAUCGGACUCGACGAAUAUUACUGUUAGUAACGUGUUUUGUUCGGGAAGUCAUGGGUUAUCUAUUGCGGGAGGAGGGUCAGGGAAUGGUCAUAAUAUUGCUAAUGUUUUAUUUACAGACUCAUAUGUCACAAACUCCACAAACGGGCUCCGUAUUAAAACAGACUUUAACGCAACCGGCAGCGUAGUCAACGUUACAUUCCAGAACAUACAGGUCUCUAAUAUUAAGGAAUACGGUAUUGUUAUUAACCAGGAUUACCUCAAUGGAGGGCCAAGUGGUAUUCCAACAAAUGGUGUGUUGGUGAAGAAUAUUCAGUUUAAGAAUAUAUCUGGGUGGGCAGUGCCAAAGGCGAGGGAUUACUAUAUACUCUGUGGUGACGGCAGUUGCCAGGGUAUUACCUACGAGGAUGUUAACAUUACGGGUGGCGAGAAAUUGAGUACUUGUAAUUAUCCUUGGAGUGGAUGUCCGGGACCUUAG